AUGGAUGUCAUCGCCGUGGGAGCAACCAUUGCCGGAUUUUUAUCUUAUUAUAAUACACUGGAUGCUGGAUUCGUAUACGACGACAGACGAGCCAUUUUAAACAAUCAAGAUGUACUACCGACAACUUCUUUCUCGAGUAUUUGGUACAACGAUUUUUGGGGCACGCCCAUCGCGAGUAGUAAUUCUCACGGUUCUUACAGGCCUCUAUGCGUUCUCACAUUUCGUUUGAAUUACAUACUGGGGGGAGGUUUCAGACCCUACGGUUUUCACCUCGUCAACGUUUUACUACAUUCUCUCUGUACUUAUUUGGUCGUUAAAUUAGCACGGAAAUUUUUCAACAAAAAUUUCCCCGUUUUCGUGUGCGGUUUUUUAUUUUCCCUUCAUCCGAUACACACGGAAGCGGUUGCGGGUAUUGUCGGGAGAGCCGACAUCGCAUCUUGCAUUUUUUACAUAAUAUCAUUUUUAAGUUACAUAAAACACAGUGGUGGUUAUUUGUGGUUUCAAUGUACCGCUUGGCUCAUACUAUGCCUGAUAUCAAGUGCCUGUGCCAUGCUUAGCAAGGAAUCCGGUUUAACCGUUUUGGUCGUUUGCGGAAUAUACGACGUCGUCACGAAUUGCAGGAGCGUCAAACAUUUUUUCACAAAGAUUAAAGGAUAA